GAAAUUAUGUGGCUUCCACUAGUUGAGCUUGAGGUAAGACCGCCAACCGAAGUUCGGUGCGCGGUGUUCGUUGCAGCUCCCAAAUAGAGAGAGAAAUGACUCUCUUACGAAGAGUUUCUUCAAGCCUCCCUCCAGUUGUUCAAUUUGCAAACAGACCCUUCCAUUCAUUGAAACUCACAGGAGAGUCCCCUGACUCCUCUACCUCUCCUCCUCUCACCCAUGGCAUACACGUAUUCCACAGCCCUGAUGAAGUUGGGAUUGUAGCAAAGCUAUCAGAAUGUAUUGCUUCAAGAGGUGGAAACAUACUUGGAGCUGAUGUUUUCGUGCCCGAAAACAAGAAUGUCUUCUAUUCUAGGAGGUCCCUCUAUUGUGAGUUUAUUUUCGAUCCUGUUUUAUGGCCACGGGAACAAAUGGAUGAGGACUUCUCCAAGCUGUCAAAAAUGUUCAAAGCUAUGAGAUCUGUAGUUCGAGUGCCUGAUAGAGAUCCCAAGUAUAAGAUCGCAGUUCUUGCUUCAAAACAGGAUCACUGCCUAGCUGAUUUAUUGCACGGAUGGCAGGAUCGUAGACUUCCAGUUGAUAUAACUUGUGUGAUAAGUAAUCAUGAUAGAGGUCCAAACACCCAUGUGAUUCGCUUUCUUGAAAGGCAUGGCAUUCCUUAUCAUUAUUUGCGUACAACCAAAGAGAAUAAAAGAGAAGAAGAGAUUUUGCAAUUGGUUCAGAAUACUGAUUUUCUAGUACUAGCCAGGUACAUGCAGUUAUUGUCAGGUAAUUUCUUAAGGAGUUAUGGGAAGGAUGUAAUUAACAUUCACCAUGGCCUUUUACCAUCAUUUAAGGGUGGAAAUCCAUCUAAACAGGCUUUUGAUGCGGGUGUUAAAUUGAUUGGUGCAACAAGUCACUUUGUAACUGAAGAACUUGAUGAAGGGCCUAUUAUUGAACAGAUGGUUGAGAGAGUUUCCCACAGAGAUAAUAUGCGAAGUUUUAAACAGAAAUCAGAAGACCUUGAGAAACAGUGUCUUGCAAAGGCUAUAAAAUCAUACUGUGAGCUUCGAGUGUUACCUUAUGAGGUAAACAAGACUGUUGUAUUUUAAGGGGAGAAGAGAAAAAGGAGAAAAAAAGAUAGAUAACAAAGUUGGAAAGGGCAGCUCUCUGUACUUACAUUCAAUUAUUCAUUCAAAGUAUUCAAUCCUGAGAUCACUGCUACUCUAUAGAAUUUUUCUUAUACAUACAAACAUUUGAAAUUUAGUGGGUAAAGUUUAUCUUCUCCUCUGCCAACAUGCUGAGAUGAUCAUUUGUCACUGUAAUUUGAAUCGUCAUUUUGAAAUUCAUUGUGCAAUUUUUUAA